AUGCUACCGACAAAGGAGGCUCUAGACCUCCGCCGUGUGACACGAGCUGCUAUCCCACUUUUCGCCAGCUCACAAUUCUGGAAAACGCGAUUUGCCAUCGACAGAGAACGUGGCUUUCUCCUCCCCAUAGUCCGGAAAUUCUCACCGCCGCAGGGCGAUCAUGGGAUCGACUGGAGGCUCCUGUACCAUUGCACUGCCCGUCUGAACUGUAGUGAUUGGUUUGAAAUAGAGAUUCGGGCCUGGGAAACCUUGCGCUGGCUUCGAGACACAGCUUCGGCUAUACGCCAUGAGAGACCACGUCCGCCCGACUUCCGGGGUAGUCCAGCCCUGCAGCAUUAUCACAAUACCAGCCGUCGGAACACAUUCAUCGAGUCCGUGGAGAUAACAUCGUCGUUAUGCAAGAUUGCUAUAUCUGCACUCCAGGAAGCAGGAGAAGUGAACAUCACCGGGAUCGAGUUUAUCUUUGAUGAUGGUCGUCCCAGCGCCAUGCUUGGCUACGCUACCCCUGGAGCGCGGCAGAUGACACGCAAGAAAUAUGCACGCAAAAAACGUAGAGGCCCUUUCGAUGCCCAUAUGGUGUGGCCAUAUCCAGGUGUUCGGGUGACGAUGGAUGUCGUUGGUCUACGUGGCAUCGUGUACCUCAAAGAUGCGAACGGGAUCCACGGCGUUGCUAUAUACCAUGGUGGAGAGGAGUUUGACGAGAUUGAUGACACUCUCCAUGUUGGCCUUGACGCACAUGGCCAUGACGAACAAGAGCCGGUUGCAUAUUCUGUCUCCCUGGACAAGGUCGAAAAGGUCAUUGCAGUAGUUGAUAACCGCAAGAUGAUUGACCUGGGAAUUUCCGGGACGACAACGAAGCGGUCUGAAUACGUUGAGGAUAAGUGGGAUGAUGUUGUGCAUUGGUAUAAACAAGAUAAUGCCUUCCUUCUCAAAUCCAUGUGA